AUGCGUUUCAACGCCUCUCUUCCAAUGAUCCUUUCUCUCAUUUCUCUCACCCUCGCAUCAGCAUUACCUAAGGCGUAUACAAGAUCUAAGCAAUGGAACGGCACCUCACCCAACUUCGAGAUUCCUCAAAAUGCUUCCCAAUACGACCUCCUGCACCCUGGUUACGCAGCUCAUAAACAUCGAAACUCUUCUUAUGCCGACCAUCCUCUCUGGAAGCCAUCACGCUUCAAUCAUUCCGCUCCUUGGAACACUUCUACGCCUGGCAAUGCGUCAACUUGGUGGGGUGGAUGGAACAAUACAGUGUGGAAUCAGUCUGUGAAUUGGAAUGCUUCGCGUUGGAAUAGCACUGGUGACCGUCAUCGAGUUGUCUCGGUCGUGGAUUAGGA